GCAUCCGCUUUCUGCACUGUCUAUGUCAACGUCUUGUUGUUAGGCCGAGCUGCUGGGAACAAACAAUGAUGUCGGAGCAGGAGGCUCUGAAGUGCUCCAGUGCGAGAAACCGUGGAGGAACGCAGCGGGUUGAAGGGAAACUGCGAGCCAGUGUGGAAAAAGGAGAUUACUAUGAGGCUCACCAGAUGUACAGAACCUUAUUUUUUAGGUAUAUUUCACAGGCAAAGCAUGCCGAUGCCAGGGAGUUGAUGUACAAUGGCGCCCAGCUCUUCUUCAGCUACAACCAGCUAAACAGUGCUGCAGACCUGUCAAUGUUGGUGCUAGAGUCUUUGGAGAAAUCCGAGGCAAAGGUAGAGGACGAAGACUUAGAGCAACUGGCAAAGCUGUUCAGUUUGAUGGACCCCAACUCCCCAGAGAGAGUAGCUUUUGUGUCCCGCGCACUGAAGUGGUCCACAGGUGGCUCGGGGAAGCUGGGCGCCCCCAAACUGCAUCAGCUCCUAGCAGUCACCUUGUGGAAAGAGCAAAACUACAGUGAGUCUCGCUACCACUUCUUGCACUCCUCUGAUGGAGAGGGCUGUGCCCAGAUGCUGGUGGAGUACUCAGCGCAGCGGGGCUUUCGCAGUGAGGUGGACAUGUUUGUGACGCAGGCCGUCCUACAGUUCCUCUGUUUAAAGAACAAAAACAGUGCGUCUGUAGUUUUCAGCACAUAUACGCAGAAACACCCCUCUAUAGAGAAGGACCCUCCCUUUGUGCAGCCCUUGCUCAACUUCAUCUGGUUUCUCUUGCUGGCAGUGGAUGGAGGCAAAUUAACAGUGUUCACAGUGCUAUGUGAGCAGUAUCAGCCUUCCCUGAAGAGGGACCCUAUGUAUAAUGAGUAUCUCGACAGAAUAGGACAGCUUUUCUUCGGGGUGCCACCCAAACAGUCCUCAUCAUAUGGUGGAUUGCUAGGAAACCUGUUGAACAGCCUGAUGGGCUCAGGUGAGGAUGAGGAGGGAGAGGAAGCACAGGAGCACGGCAGCCCCAUCGAACUGGACUGAGAGCACCCGGGGGUAGAAGAGGCGUACUGGUCUCCUCCUGACCCCUCCCCCCAGUUCUCCCAGACAUCCAACCAGAACCCGAACAAAGAGCAGGCCAAACCAUCCCUCUCAGCACUGCCUGGACUGCGCCAAAAUGCAAACUCCUUCCGUUUGAGUUAAUAUUAUAAUAUUUUUAGUUUUAUUUUAAUAUUUUUUGUUUCUUAGUUUUGGACAAUUUUCUGUGUAGGUUUUUUUUUUUUUUUUUUUAAGGAUAAGAGAGCAACUGCAAUCCUUCCUUCCCUGGACUUAUUAUCUCUCAUCCACAGGGACAGAAAAGAUUCAACAAUGGCUGCGUAUUAAUUUCAGUCAUAAUUCAACUCAUAAAAUAACAUGUCGUCCUGGGAUACAACAACAAAGAAACCCCCUUUUCAUUCUAGGGAGUGCUGCUUUUUCUCCUCAUGCACCAUGCAUCCACCACAGGUGCAGGUAGUAAUUUGUAUUAAAAAGUUACUAUAAACAACUUGUAAUCCAUGUAAAUGUUCAACAAUAAUCAAGAGUGAUAGGGGUGUGGUGAGCUGCAUGGUGUAGAGGGAGAGACAUACCUGUCAGGCAUCGUACACCUGGCAGCAAGUUAAGUCGACAGGAGUGGAUGGGUAGAUGGCACAGGAGGUUGGUGGCACCUUAAUUGGGGAGGACAGGCUCGCAGUAAUGGCUGGAGUGGAAUGGUAUCAAAC